AUGCUUGCCUUGUUGAGGGCGGAGAUGCACAGCAGCAUAAUGUCUGUGUGGAUGCAGAGAUCCGCUUCUAAUGACAAUCGUUUUGCAUCCUGCAGAAUAAAGCCGAACCUCAUUUCCUACAUGGGAACCAAAGACAAAAGAGCGAUCACCGUCCAGAGGAUUGCUGUGCAAAAGAUCACUGCUCAGAGACUUUCUCACCUCAACACGUGCCUGAUGAACUUCAAGCUAGGGAACUUCUCCUACCAGAAACACCCCUUGAAACUGGGGGAGCUGCAGGGAAACCACUUCACUGUGGUGAUCAGGAAUAUCUCCGGGUCGAAUGAGCAGGUGGAGCUAGCUAUGGUCUCACUGCGGGAGACGGGAUUCAUCAAUUACUACGGCAUGCAGCGCUUCGGGACCACUGCGGUGCCAACCUACCAGGUCGGGAG